GGAGGGCCAUGGCGGAUGUCCCCGGGGCGCAGCGACCGGUUCCCGGCGGCGGCCCAGAACCCCGGGACCCCCUGGACUGCUGGGCCUGUGCUGUGCUGGUAACGGCUCAGAAUCUGCUCGUGGCUGCCUUCAAUCUUCUCCUGCUGGCGCUGGUGCUGGGGACCAUCUUGCUACCCGCUGUCACCAUGCUGGGCUUCGGCUUCCUCUGCCACUCCCAGUUCCUGCGCUCCCAGGCACCUCCUUGCACCGCGCACCUGCGGGACCCUGGCUUCACGGCCCUGCUGGUCACCGGAUUCCUGCUCCUCGUGCCGCUGCUCGUGCUUGCCCUAGCCAGCUACCGCCGCCUCUGCCUGCGCCUCCGCCUGGCCGAUUGCCUCGUGCCCUACAGCCGAGCCCUCUAUCGGCGCCAGCGCGUCCCACAGCCGCGGCAAACCCUGGCCUCACCAGGGUCGCAGGCCGUUCCCACAUCAGGAAAGGUCUGGGUCUGAGGACAGUUGAGUCAAGAACAACCCGGACGGCUGCCCUCCCUCCCAGUUGGCUCAAGGACUCGAAGUCCCGGGAUCUUCUGACCCGCCCCGCCCCCACCCCUGCAUGAGCCGGGCCUUGCAUCCUCUUGGGGAACAGCACCAUCUGUGAACCCAAUGCUGGUGAAAAUUCCCACACCCCGGAAAACCCACUUUCCUCUCACUACCCGCAUCUGAAUUCUGAACAUCUGGGCUGAACUCUGCACGUCUUCCCCCCCCCCCCUCCUUAUCAUGAGCAGGACAACUGAACCUUGCGCCCUCCUUUUCUGGAGCAGCUCCCCCAGUGUUUACGGGGCUGGAGGGGAAAGAGUAAUCACACAUCAAUAAAGAAUUAAUAAGCUGAA